AAAAAGAAUGAAAAGCAGGUGUUUAGACUUGAGAGAAUUUGUAGCUUACAGUUGCAGGUAGGUGCAUCGCUGUCGCACGCUGAGCGAACGUGAGGUGCGACAAGUCCACUUGGGAUAGACUCUCUUUAUAAGCCUAGGAAGACGAAUAGUUUUCUCAGCGUCGGGUUUGUGUGAUUAUAAUAUUUCUGUUGCAGGACGAUUGAAAGGCAUUUUUAUUUAGGGCUUAUUUAUUGUAGCAACUAUGGUGCUUUCUUGAGGAUAGACACAUUUCAAACCAAUAUUAACAUAGAAACAUACUAAAAAAAAAAUCUAUGAAGUUUGUUGUAGUAUAAUUUUACAUGCGAUAAUUUUCUCUAAACCAGAUUCAAUCAAAUCCAAUCAUAGCCUAAGUACCAAGUGAGAUAGUCCUCCUCGGUGGAAUUCUGGUGCCACUGAUUGAAUUCUGGAGGACUAUGUCGAAUCUGGCGCCUCAUGCUUUUAUUUCGCUUCUGGCAUUGCUACUCAUGUCAGGGACAAAUGUCCACUCACUGCAUACAAAAAGUCUUUCCAACAGUUCGAAUAAUAAAAAGUCGAACCAGCAUCAAAAUGGAUUUACAGAGGAUAGCAGUCUUUCCAACAAAGAUUAUACUUGGGAUUCCAACAAUGACAUAAAUAAUAUUUCUGAUACAAAAACUUCUAAUUUCAUAGCAAAUGAGCUUGAAUUAGAACAAAACAAUCAUAAAAUUUUUAACAGUAGUUUAGUUUUCAAAUUAUCUGACAAUGAAAAUGAUCAACUUUCUAGUAAUUUAAUUAAUUCAACUCAAUCUGCCCAAGAUAUCUUUCAUUCUCGUGAUAUAGAUGUAAAUAAUGAGCAUAAUACGCCAAGUGACUUUAACUCGACCACUGAUGAUGAACUUGUGAAAAAUGUCGGCGAACGGGAAUUAGGUCUACCAUUUAGUUUUGACGAAGGAGAAAAUACUACUUUGCUUCUUAAUAACGCUUACACUAAUUUAUCACAUUUUAAUGUUUCUUUUGAAAAUUAUGCAGAUAUCAAAGCAAAGACUUCACAUUGUCUUUCUUGCCAAAUAAGAAAUGACAGUCGUGAUUUCAGGAUUCAGUCAAUUAAACAUCAAAUUCUUAAACAUCUGAAUUUUAAAAGUUUACCCAAUGCUACGAGAAAUGCCAUUCCGAAAAUGCCAGCUUUGUAUCAUAUAUACAAUGCCAACCCGGAACUGUUGAACGACGAUCCACAUUCGCACGGCCAUGAAAGUGACACAGAUGAGUUUGUCGUGAAAACUGAAAGAGUUUUUACAGCUGCAAAAGAAGCUUCAUCCCCGAACUUUAACAAUAUAUCGGACUCUGUGUUUUUCUCUCAGCCUGCACAGUUGGCAACUGCGCGUGUACGGUCGGCCAAGCUUUGGAUCUACAUAAGAAAAGCAGAGUUGCAGAGACCUUAUUUGUUAUUGACAGUCCGAAGAAUAUUUCUAGAACAAGGCACCAAUGUCAUUUUAAAAUUUGUCUACUCCUCCAAAAUUAAUGUCAGCAAAGCAUUUGGUUGGAAGCGAAUUGAACUGCGAGAUAUUGUUGUUGAUUGGAUGAAGCAUCCACUUUUUGAUAUCGGUCUACAGAUUCGAGCCGAGAAUGACAAGGGUCAAAAUCUGGUCGUUCUCCCUCCUACUGAUGAUAUUGAUAAAGGAUAUGAGCCUUGGUUAGAUAUAAAGAUUCAGGAAGUGAGAUCUAACAGCCGCCACAAGCGUAGCGACUCCCUUGUCUGUUCGGGCAACACUACCGAAAACAGAUGUUGUCGAUACCCUCUUUAUGUCAGCUUUAUAGAUUUUGGGUGGGAAUGGAUUAUUGCUCCAACACAUGUCAAGGCAGACUACUGCUCUGGCGAAUGUCGAAUGACCAUGCAAGACAACACACCUUACAGCUGGGUCAAUCAACAGCUACCCGGUUCUGCAGGCUCCUGUUGUUCUCCGAUAAAGAUGUCUGCACUACCGUUGCUCUACUUUGAUGAGAACCACAAUAUUUUGUAUCAGAUUUUGCAAAAUAUGAAAGUAGAGAAGUGUGGAUGUACGUAAUUGUCUUCCCUGUGUGGGUCUGGAUGAGUUGAAGUGAAUCAAGACUUGAAUGUAUGAGACUUGGAUACAUGUGGUGGUAAGCAUUAGUUAUACAUUACACAAAAUCUGGAACGCACACGAACAAGAACACCAUUGGAGUAAACUUAUUUAUAGCAACUUCACGUUCUAAUAUUCAUGUAGUACAUGCCAUUGCCAAUACCUUAGUUCAAUUUUGUUUGUUUUCAUUUUGUUAUUUUUAAAAGCAUUAUUUUUUUUUUCAUAAAAUGAUGCUACCUAUACUGGCCUUUUUAUCAAAUGUGUUCAUUUUUAAGGUGUAUUUUUUGUUUUGUUUUAUUUUAUUAUCUUGGUAUAAUUUUAUCAUAUCAAAAACACAAUGAGCCUGCUAAAUGCAACGUAAUAUUUAUGAGGCCUAAGGAUUAAGAGUUCUUUUAGGCAUUAUUCAUUAUAAUUUUUUUGGUUUGGGGGGGGGGUGAGUUUUUAAAAUGUAUUUUAAUAACUUAUAUUAUGCUUAACAUUGAUGCUAUUAUUGUGCACCUAAAUUUAUGGAUCAUUGACACUUCACCAUAUAAUAAACAUCUUACAUAACCAGCCAUAAGCCCAUCAAUAGAGCAAAUGCGACUUACCUAUGAAUUAAAAUACUUUGUUUUUUUAUUCUAUUUUAAACUGCUAUACUCAAACUAGUUAUGUAAUCUUGUUACACAAAAUGUUAACUUACAAUUGAUGAAUGUAAAAAAAAAAAGAAAAAAGAAAAAAAAAAGUCAUCUUAUAGUAGUCCUAGUUUGCAUCGAAAGUCUUUCAUAAUUCUCGACUUAAAAUGUGUAUUGUAUACUUUGUUUUGUUAUUCAUGUUUGUUUACUAUACAUGUUCAUUUUGUGGAAACAAAUGAUCAACUGAAAACGUCAAGGCCUAACAAAUGUUGUACUUAAUAUCGGAACCAUUUCACUUCGAGCUGCAGAAUGAUUAAUUUGUCUUGUUCUUUUUUCUUUUGGGAGUGCUCAUUGCAAUCCAAAAUAAUGCUCAACAUUGGACGCAAUAUUAAAUCAUUUGUAGGCCUAAUUCUGAUUUUUUUUUUUCUAGAGUAACUACAAGAAAUAAUAACGGCAAUCGUUUCAUUUCCGUUUUUACUUCCAUGUAAUGUUUUGGUCACCAUGUCAUGUUCAUCAAACCAAGACUGUAAAAUGGCACGGUUUAUUUGAUGUGAUUUCCUUCUGCAUGUACAUGCUCAUUUCAAACAUGAUGUUCCAGUUUUUAUACUAUCUUUUGCGUGAAGCUCUACUAGAAGACAAAGUCUCCUCUAGACAGAUAUUUCUUUUUAUUUUUCUAUUGCUCUAAUCACAUGAUUCAUAUUCAUUGCUUUGUCCUUUUUUUUUAAAUACGUGUGUGUUGUUAAAUACAAUAAACCAGCCAUUCUCAAAACUGUUAUACUGCCUAACUACUUAUUAUAAAUUAUUAAUGUCAGUUGGCGGAACGCUAUUUAAAAUAUGUGUCCUCGGUGCUCUAUACCACGCUAUUAGUAUUAAUUCUAUUUGCGUACCACCAUAGAGAUCGUCGAACGCAUCUUCAAGUACCGUAAUACAACUUUUGCCUUGUAUUUUCAAACUGUGAUCUGCCAACACAGCUGCGUGAAAUAUUAUACAUAAGUAAGGUGUUUAUCAAGUCCCAUCAUGCAAUAUUCAUAUUCCUACGCUUUGUGACGGUUGUGCAGCUAACAAUUGUUCCAUAUUCACGUGUUCAUUACCAGAGCCUUUCCUCACGUUUCACUUGCUGUUCUAGUGUCACAAGAAAUCGUUCCACUAUUCAUUUCAUUGUUCGUUUCGACUGUGGCUGUGAAAGACUGGUCGGUUUGUUUUCAGAGCUGAUUUAAGACCAUUUGUGUUUGUUUCGAAACAAAAACUAAUCAAUGGAGAUCUGUAGUGGGAAUAAAGAUUUGGUUUUUGGACAAUAUGUUUUUCUAAACUGCGUAUCUUGGCAUACUUGUAGGCCUAUAUCUUAGGAAAUUAAAAAUGGGCUUACAUUCAGAUCCAUUCUUUAUUAUUAGGAAAUUCAAUGCGAGUCAUUGGACAGAGGCGGCCUUUGGGGGUGGCUAUUGGGGCAACCUCGUCUGCCAGGGACCACGCGACAUGGAGACUUAUCGUCAUCCCCUCGUCCAACCAAAAAUGCCACAUAUUUAAUGUUCCCUACCAAUACGCUAGAGACUGAGUUUUUUGUCGACGUAACAUACACCUUUUUAGGCAUUAUUUCUGAAGCUUUUUUUGGCAUCUAAAACAAUUAUCGUAAAGACUUUUAGCAUGAUAUUUUGGGUUAGAGUUGGACAUUCGCUAUGGCUGCCUCUGCAUUGGAAACAAUAAAGCUUGAUCUGAAACCUCGGAAUAUAAAUAAACAUGUUUAGAUAGCUCUACAUGUCCUGACAAAAUGAUAAACUCAGUGUACCUGAAUAAAGCGGCUCAAUAGCUCAUAGAAGUUGACACAAAUAAUGAUCAUCAAAUUAACAUUUGUCCUUUAUAUUUUAUUUUGAAAGUCUAUCUGCCAUUUCAGUAUAUAACUCAGCAUAGCAGUGGUACUUUAAAAAAAAAAAACAACUUUUUUGUAGUGUUUGCAUGAAUUUUCAUACGUCUCAGUAUCUAGUUUGAACUGUGGAAUAAUGAGGGUUUAAUGAACAUGUCGAUCUUUUGCCAGAAAUUGGAAAAGAGAUUUCAGCUUAAAAGGAUGGGCUCUUAAAUGAUAAAACUAGAAAUGUAUUCAGAAGGUUACAACAAAAUCUGAACAGUGUGCUUAUGUAACUGCAAUAUAGUGCUCUUUCAAAGUCUACUCAAUGCAAUUCGAUGUUAUUUUUUUUUUUAAAUACAGCAUGUUUUGAAUGUAAUAUUGGUAGUUCUAUUACAAGAUCUGUGCUAAUAAUUACGAUUAAUUUUACAUGUCUUGCUUUAAUAUGUUUUACGUUGCUUGCAAAUUUAUUUUUUUUUAAAUCAUUAAUAUUGACUUUUCCGAGUCCCUAAGUCUCGCUAUGAAAUUUGAUACCUAAAUGUUUAUUUUGUAACUUGAUCAGAUAGAAAGAUGUUUUUAUGUGUAAACUAUUCAGCUGUUAAUAUGUGUAAUGUGUAAAUAGAUUUUGAUUCCUUGUUAUGGCGGCGUAUUGGUAAUUGCCUACUGUCCAUUGCUUUAAGCCUUUAUAACUAAAAUAAACAGUGGGCUACAUUAUAGCUUGCGUUUUCUGAUUAUAAUUUAAACUAUAACUGAAGUAGAUCUACAGGUUGAAUGGUGAAUAGCAUAUAAUUAUUUUUAUCUGCCAUAGCCUAUUUAUUUAUUUUGGUUAUUUUAAAACAUUAUAUAGAAAAGGGAUUGGCGCUAAAGUUAAUUUUAUUUCCCUGCGAAUAAUCCAACCCUAGUUUUUUAAUGAACUUAUAAAUGUUAACUUUACUAGCAAAAAUUAUGGUGUUGCAGGAAUGACUUUAAAAAAAUUACACUUAUAAAAUAUGUGCUUUAAUUAAUGUGUACAAUAGUUUUACCUAUUGCUAUCGAAAAACUAAAUAAUAAUAAUCUUUAUUAUUUAUUCAUAAAUUAAUUUUAUUCGCUCAUUUAAGUAGCAUACACAAUUCCUUUUUUAAAAAUGUAUUGAAAUGUAUUUAUUUUAUGAGGUGGGAAAGUUUUCAAACGAACACAAUGUCACUAAGGCUAUAUAGAUCUAUUAAUAGGUAAUGUUAGGUUAGUGUAUUUGCAUUCUGUGUAUUGUCUAAUCAUUAUCAAACGCCCUUGACCUUCGCCUAGUUAAGCGCAUUAAGUUUAUUGUCGUCUGCGGGCUAGGUAGCGGUUAUAAAAAUGUGACAGACAUGUUUUAUCAGGGUCGUGGCUGUCUGAGGUGGUAGGGCCUGGAAGUCCGGCCUGUAAUAUUAUGACAAAUUCAGGGUGACCCUAAUACGUUUUUUUUUUUCACGGGGUAGUGAGGUAAAAAAAGAAAAGCUGACAUCUAGCCCCACUCAAACAAUAGAAGUAAUAUUAAAAGGGAAAUAAUGUCCACGUGACUGUACAAAUAGGUCUACAUAUAUAGGCUUUGAAGUGCUAAACAUGCAUUUAUAUUGUCUGGUGAAAUUUCUAAAUAGAUUUUGUGGCUAGAGUUACAUUUCUCUAAUUUACUGAACAUUAGACUACGAUAGGGCAUGUCAAGGAUGUAAACAGGGAGAAUUGAAUUGAAUGAGUCCUGCUGUUUAAUUCAUAGUUUUCAGAGAAUUCUGCUCAAGUCUACAAACAAUGGCAAGUCAGUUUACUUUUAAGACUUUAAAUAUUCAUAUUGCAGGGCGGGUCUUAGGUAGAGGUAAACUAGGCCUCACACAGGGCUCAGUUUUUUAGACAGAAAUAGCGUAACUUGUGCCCAUUUUUUUUUUUUUUUUUGCUGUACUACAUUAGGUUUUAAAUGAAUUGCGUUAUUUUAUUUUUUCGAGUUUAGUUUUUAUUUUUCUAAUUCAUUUGGGGCCACCAAAUUCACAUCGCCUUGGGCCUCUAAUUAUGUAAGGCUGGCAUCCAACUUGCUGACUUGAUUUCUUUAGUAAACAAAACAAAAAGUUUAUAGGUUCUAGAAUUCUGUUAUAAAUGUAUAAUUGUAGUGACUAUGAGCAGAACUAUUUUGCUCAAGUACUACACUCACAUUUCCCCUCCAAGCUUUAAUGUCAACUUUUACUACUGUCCAUAGAAAAUGCAUAAUCAUUCAUUUUUACUAAUACUCAAAAUCUAUACAAUUUCUCAGAAUUGUUUUAUGACCUGACCUGACCCUAUUUUUAUAAUUUUGUUUGAAUGUUUUGUUUUUUCAAUGGUUCAUUUGUUUAGUCUACUUCUUUUUCCAGGCAACUCAUGGAGAAUACAAUUAUGGGGGAGUGUGCUUAGAAAUAGAAGUGCCGCUUGCUUGAAUGUAGAUUACAGUUUGGAUAAUGUUCUAAAGUAUUAUUCAUUACACUAAUCCAUACUGCAAUUAUGAUUAUGACGCCCUUUAAUAAGGAAGUGUUUGAUCAACAUAGAUGCCCUAACACCUUUUAUAAAGGCUUGACAUUUGUGUGUAUCCAUCUCAUUUAGUGGUUUUGGAUAUUUUGAACUAGUUAUAAAUCAAUUUUGUUGUGAAGUAGAAUGAUUAAUUCAUGUGAAUGCAAAAAUGAUUACAUUAUUUUUUUGCUUAGAUUUUUUUGUAAGCUUUGUUAUUAUUUAAUUGUUUAUAACAUUGGUUGGCUCUUUCUAAAAUAAAAUAAAUUGAUAAUUAAUCUAA